AUGUAUGAAGGUUUAAGUGAAUUUUUGGAAGAACACAAGACUAGACGUCAUGAAUUGAAAGAAUUGCAAAAGGAUGAAUCUAUUUUAACUGAAAAUAAACGUAGAUUUGUUUUAUUCCCAAUUAAGUACCAUGAAAUUUACGAUGCUUAUAAGAAACGUGAAGCUUUAUUCUGGACUGCUGAAGAACUUGAUUUCUCAAAAGAUAUCCAAAACUGGAAUGACGAUAAGAUCACCAAAGAUGAAAAGGAAUAUUUCAUUAGAUUGUUAGCUCUGUUUGCCUCUAAUGAUAUGGACAGAGAAAAUUUAACCGAACAUUUAUCUGCUGAAUGUCAAACUCCAGAAGCAAAAUGUUUCUACGGUUUCCAAAUCAUGGUUGACAACAUCCAUCAAGAGGUAUAUGGUAUCUUGAUUGAUUCAUUAGUUAAAGACGAUGAAAAGCGUACCUCUAUGUUUGAAGAAAUAAAGGAUUUGACUAACAUUAAGGAAAAGAUUGAAUAUGCUAAAAGUUGGUUUGAAAAUGAAGACAAUUUAUUUGGUGAAAAACUAAUUGCAGAAGCUGCAGUUUUAGGUAUUUUUUCAUUGAGUGCUUAUGUUUCAGUAUUAUCAUUCCAAAAAGGUGGAUUAAUUCCAGGAUUUGUCACAGGUGUUGAUAAUAUGCUAAGAGAUCGUGGAUUACAUGUAGACUUUUGUUGUUUGAUGUAUGCUCAUUUGAAGAAUCAAAUUGACUCUGAAAUCGUUCAAAAAAUUAUCGUCGACGCUGUUGAAAUUGAAAAGAAAUCAUUAUUAAAGGCAUUGCCAAUAAUCAAAGUCAAUUUGAAGAUUGAUGAAAUGAAUCAAUUCAUUGAAUAUGUUGCUGACUCUAUAUUAGUUGCAUUUGGUAAUGAGAAACAUUAUAAUGCAACCAAUCCAUAUGAAUUUAUGGAAAAUGUUGUCUUACCAGGUAAUACAAAUUCACUUGCCAAGACAAUUGCUGAUGCACAAAAGGCCAGUGAGUUUGCCAAGACAUCCAAACCUGAUGCUGAGACCACAACAUUUUCAUUCAACGAAGACUUUUAA